AUGUCUUCACAAGAUAUCACAAAGGUUGAAGUAGAGGACGACUCUUCUUUAAACACUAAUGGAAAUUCGGGAGUGUGCAAUUCAUCUGAGAUGGUUCAGCUCGUUCAGAAGGUAAUAGCUGAAGUCAUUGGGACGUACUUCUUAAUUUUUGCUGGAUGUGGGUCGGUCGCGGUCAAUAAGAUAUAUGGUUCAGUAUCAUUUCCCGGAAUUUGUAUAGUAUGGGGUUUGAUUGUCAUGGUCAUGAUUUAUUCUGUUGGUCAUAUCUCCGGCGCCCACUUUAAUCCGGCAGUCACUAUCACUUUUGCAAUCUUUCGACGAUUCCCUCUCAAACAGGUGCCUCUAUACAUCGGGGCGCAAAUGAUAGGAUCAAUUCUUGCUAGUGCCACGUUAUGUGCUGUUUUUCCUAUAGAUAAAAAAUCUUUCUUUGGAACAACACCAGUUGGAUCCAAUUUUCAAUCUCUCAUUAUUGAGAUCAUCAUCUCAUUUCUUUUGAUGUUUGUUAUUUGCGGCGUUGCCACUGACAAUAGAGCGAUUGGAGAAUUGGCAGGAAUUGCUGUGGGGAUGACAAUAACCUUAAAUGUCUUUGUUGCCGGGCCAGUGAGUGGAGCAUCUAUGAACCCUGCUAGGAGCAUUGGGCCUGCCAUUCUCAUGCACAUAUACAAGGGACUUUGGGUUUACAUACUUGGGCCCCUCGUAGGGACUAUAUUUGGUGGUUUUGCCUAUAAUAUGAUUAGAUUCACUGACAAACCACUCCGAGAGUUAACCAAGAGUGGAUCUUUUCUUAAAAGCAUGUCCAAAAAAUAG